AUGGCACAAAGAGGAACGCGCAUAGGGCCGCUGCCUGGGGGUCGCCGGGGCGCGUCUGGAGCUGGCGCUGGACGCGGCAGCAUGCGGGCCGCCAGCCGAGCGCGAGGAGCUGCACGAUCACUUAGCAGCCCCUCGCAUCCAUCAUCCCCACCAGAAGGCUUGGUGUCGGCUGGGUCUUCUCGGACUCAGCAAGCGGCACCCGCCGCUGGUGGAGCACGUCGCAUGCGUUGGACAAAACCUAUGAAUGAAAACGCAUUGCGGGCGUACUAUAGGGCGAAAGGGGAAGAAACUGUGGGAAUAGCGUAUAGGUCUCGGAUGCAUUGCUUUUUUGCUGAGCUGGAGCCUUCUACCCCCGUCACGGAACAAAACCUGGCAGACCGAGUUCGGUACAUCAUGCGCUCGAAAAUAUUUGAUGAUGCCGAACUCGGACGACUACGACGUGAGGCUAUUCCGUCGUCGAAUGAAUCGGCUAUGGCUGGAGAUGCAGCUCCACAUUCGACAGACCAGCAUCCACACGUGGAAGCCGCCCUGGAUCUUCCCGUUGUGGUUGAUUCGAACGACGAUGAAAUAGUCUCCCACGAACUAGAGAAAAUGAGGAGUAUACUGGAAGAGGCGAUUUUGGAAACGCGCAGCACCCCUAUCGAAAAUCGACCGCGACUUCCCCGCAUACCCCUAAGCAAGCGAAAUCGGGCUGUCGUGAGGGCUCUUAACCCAAUGCUGGUGACCUAUUUGGAAGCCAGCCGGGACCUUUGCGAGACGGACUCAAUUCUCUUUGGCGCCGCAGUGGCAGUUUGCCGUAUUAUUGGCGCCAAACUUCCCAUGGCUGGACGCGCUACUACACAAAGUAGCGCCAUCCCAGCCUGGAGAAAAAGAAUCGAGGACCGUAUCGCAAAGGCAAGGGCCCUUAUCGGCAGACUGACAAGCUUCAGGUCGGGUAAUAAUAGACCGAGGAUUAUGCGCGCCGUUAGGAUGGCGUUUGCUGGGAAAAAUAUCAGUUUGUCCCAGCCGGAUAUCACGCAGAAACUAACGGAGCGCAUAGACGACCUGAAGCAAAAGAUCGCUGCUUGGGGGAAGCGGAUUCGACGAUUUACCGACAGGUCAAGGCGGUUCAACCAGAAUCGUCUCUUCCAGAGUGAUCAGAAGAGGCUCUAUAAAUCAUUGGAGCGGCCAAAGGUAUGUGGAGCGGGCCAAGGACCGGAUCAGGCAGACAUUAUCGCAUUCUGGCGUGGCCUGUGGUCAGAGCCCGUAAACCACAGCGAGGGCCCUUGGAUGGAAGUUGUGGCGAGCCAGGGUGCGAGUGUUACGCCUAUGGACCCCAUCACCGUAACGCCGGAAGACGUGGCUGAGGCGGUCCGUAGGGCCCCGAACUGGAAAAGUCCGGGGCUCGACGGGCUGCAUCAUUACUGGCUGAAGGGGUUCAUAGUGUGUCACGCUGUGCUCGCCCGACAGUUUCAAGAGGCUCUCGACCAGAAGUCGCUCCCGAGCCUCUUCACUACUGGGAUCACUCACUUGGUUCCUAAAGAUCAGGAUACCACAGACCCGAGCAAAUACCGCCCCAUCACGUCUGAUUUCAUGUUGAAUGUCUCCGAAAUUUCACUGCUAGACAUAAAUGUAACAUAUUUCGUAUAA